GAAGAUGCAGCAGAAAAUAGAAUAAUUUGACUGGAACACUGCAUCCUUUGUGAUGGGAUGAAGAUAUAAAUGUGAAGAUAAAAAGUUGCUUUGGAUGUGGAAUCUGGAAGAAAAUCCUGCUUUUUGGAUGGCGAGAGUCCUGAGAAGGGUUGGUUGCUGAAACUUUAAGAUGGACAAACCACAGAAGGACAGUCCGGUUGACAACAAGAUGACCGACUCUGGGAAGAAAAAGCAGCCAGUCACAGCCUGUCUGUUGAGUGCAGCCUUCUUCGGCUCCCUGGGGUCAUCUUUCCUUUACGGCUACAACCUCUCUGUGGUCAACGCUCCUGCUCUGUACAUUAAAGCUUUCUACAAUAAGACAUGGAUUGAGAGAUAUGGGGAGCCCAUCGGAGCAGAGACAGCCACCCUCCUCUGGUCCAUCACAGUGUCCAUAUUUGCUAUUGGAGGCCUUCUCGGAGCACUGUCCGUCUCCUUUAUCAUCAGAGUACUUGGAAGAAAGGGAACCUUGCUGGCGAAUAACAGCUUCGCUGUAAUAGCUGCACUGCUGCUGUCCCUGGGUGAGAAGGCAAAAUCUUUUGAGAUGCUCAUCAUUGGCCGACUCAUAAUGGGGGUUGACUCUGGUAUAGCUCUCAGUGCCCUCCCCAUGUACCUGGGAGAAAUUUCCCCAAGACACAUCAGAGGGUCCAUUGGCCAGUUCAACUCCAUCCUGAUCUGCCUGGGAGUGUUCACAGGACAGGUGCUGGGUCUGCCUGAGCUGCUGGGCCAGGAGUCCAGGUGGAACUACCUGUUUACCUUCCUGGCGUUGCCGGCAUUACUCCAGCUCUGUGUGCUGCCCUUCCUCCCGGAGAGUCCUCGCUACCUGCUGAUGGAGAGGAGGGAUGAGGCUGGAGCAGAAAGAGCCUUCCAGAGGUUUUUGGGGAAGACGGAUGUGUCUGAGGAGCUGGAAGAAGUCCACGCAGAGGCUCGAGCUCAGGACAACCUACACACCGUCUCCGUGUUACAGCUGCUGAAGGGCCCGGCUGUUCGUUGGCAGCUCAUCACCAUCAUCGUCACCAUGGCGUGCUAUCAGCUCUGUGGCCUCAACGCUAUCUGGUAUUACACCAACGGGAUCCUUCGGGAAGCAGGCUUUGCCGAGAACAUCCUCCCCUACAUCACACUGAGCACCGGGGCUAUAGAGACAUUGGCUGCCAUUAUCUCAGGCUUAGUGAUAGAACAAAUCGGGAGGAAGCCCCUCCUCAUAUUUGGUUUCUCUGCCAUGGCUCUCUUCUUCAGCCUUCUCACAGUGUUCCUCAAUUUCCAGGACAGUGUGUCAUGGAUGCCCUACCUCAGUUACAUCUGUAUACUGGCUGUGAUUGCAUCCUUUUGCUCUGGGCCAGGUGGCAUCCCCUUCGUCCUGACCGGGGAACUGUUUGAACAGUCCUACCGACCUGCCGCCUUCAUGAUCGCUGGCACCGUGAAUUGGCUGUCCAACUUUGCCGUGGGCCUCCUGUUCCCAUUCAUUCAGGAGACACUGCAGACCUUUUCCUUCCUGGUGUUUGUGGUGGUCUGCGUCUCAGGAUCUAUCUACCUCUGCGUCGUCCUCCCUGAGACCAAAAGUAAAACGUUUCAAGACAUCAGCCAAAGCUUUGCCAAGAUCAACAAAAUCCCCGUCCCCUCCCCCGGCCAGGAAAUGGAGCUGGUUCUGUCCAUCAAGCCUGACACGUGUGAAAAAGUCCAAGAUGUUGUUAAGAUGGAGAGUUCCUUCUAACAGGGCAAACUACACUCACUGUGGAGAAGCAGGGUUGAAAUAUAAACUGAAAGUAUUUGUUGUUUGUACAUAUUUAUUUAAUCACUGUGAUUUUGAUUAUGGCACUUUCAGUACAUUUUGAUAUUUUGUAUAUGUUUUAUAUGACUGGAAUAUUUAGGAGUAUUAUAGUAUUUCAAUUUACAGCAGUUAUUUGUGUGUGUC